AGCUCUAUCAGCUCUAAACUGUUCUUCCUAGAGAUCCAGUUAGGGUCAUCUCUUAUUGAUCCAGUGUUACUACAGGAGGAAUCCUAAACUAAACUGACUUUAUUUAUACUGGAUAGCUCUAUCAGUUCUAAACUGUUCUUCCUAGAGGUCCAGUAAGGAUCAUCUCUUAUUGAUCCACUGUUACUACAGGAGGAAACCUAAACUAAACUAACUUUUUUUAUACUGGAUAGCUCUAUCAGUUCUAAACUGUUCUUCCUGGAGAUCCAGUAAGGACCAUCUCUUAUUGAUCCAUUGUUACUACAGGAGGAAACCUAAACUAACUUGAUUUAUACUGGAUAGCUUUAUCAGUUCUAAACUGUUCUUCCUAAAGGUCCAGUAAAGAUCGUCUCUUAUUGAUUCAGUGAAUACUACAGGAGGAAACCUAAACUAUAUAGUUCAGUGGUUAUGACGUCACAUCAAACCUCUGUAGUACUGGAACGAGCAAUGUCAGCAAAAAAUAAUCCAACAUGGCGGCCGCUCAAUGGAGCCGAAGGUCAUUUACCAACGUUUCAAGGCCUUGUUGUCGAUUAUUUUCAAGCCUGAAAUCUUCUCCAUAUAUCCCCAAAGCUUCAUACAAACCUUUAGAAUAUUGCUGUAUUCAUACAAGACGGAUCGCAUGGAAUAGAUCGUAUUUAUAUGCAGUCAUGCACAAGUCUUUUUCGAGUCAUUUAAAUGGUCUGAAGAACACGUGGUAUGUAUAAUUAGUAUUAAUGUAUGUUGUAGUUGUUUCUAUAGUGUAUAUUUUUGUUAUAGAAGUGAACUGUCUUUUUAAAGCGUAGUUAGGGGGUAAAGAAAUGGAGGAAUGGACAAAAUAGAGACAAAAGAUCUGCCUUUAUAGUUGGACGAAGUUGUGCAAAUGUUGUGUGUGUCACUGUAUGUAAAUUAAUAAAUACGUCAAACCGACAAUUCAUCCAACAAAAUAAAAUACCUUGUGUGAGUGGUUCAUCUUCACAGAUGAUUUGCCCAUAGUCUAUCAGAAUAUGAUGGUCUGGGGCCAGGGUACAUUCCAUGUAAACUCUACGCCGGAGAUACGCCAACAUGUACGUUCCUUUACGCCAAUGCAUCGGAGAUUUUCAAUUUUGGGGGCUUAAAUCAAUGUUUUGAAAACAGCUAGUAUGGUGUGUUUUUAAGAUGUACUGCAUGUCAACAUCAUAUUUGUGUAUAGUUAUGUACUGUCAAUUCACAUGUGGCCAUGAAAUCAGGCACAAACUAAUAACUUGUUUUCAAGUGAUCCUACGCCAUUACGCCAACGAUUUUGUAACCUCACUCCGGAUAUAUCCGGCGUGGAGUGCAUGGAAUGCACAUUCGAUCUGGGGUCACUGUGAUUGAGCUCACUGUUUUUUUGUAUAAUGAAACAUGCAACCACAAUAUUCAAUGAAGUUGAGACAAAGGCUUUGUGAACAGUGAGAUACAGUUCAACAUCAAACAAAGAUUGUUUAUUUUGUGGCUUUGAAGACUUCCAGGCCAUCAUAUCUUGACAGCUUAUGUUCAGGAAUAUGACAUACCCACUAGUCUAAUAUGAUCUGGUUUCUUGCACUUCACUUGGUGGAAUUAAUAUUAGAAUGCUGUUUUUUUAGGGUUUGUAAUCCAAGUGAGUCUGGUCAGGUCUUAAAGUGUAUAUAUACUCACUUGGAUUACAAAUCUUAAAAAACAGCAUUCCACUAGUCUAAUACAACUGCCAUGGUUUAUAGCUCAUCAAGCCGUGCGACCAGACAGAGUUUACUGCCAAGAACAUUCUUCAAGAGUUUUAGAAAAAAUAAUUCAAAAACAGAAUCAAGGUAAGACUGUAUUCCUUGAAAAAGUUGGUGUUGUUUUGUGGUUGCAAAAUAAUAUGUCCGCAAUGUAUUGCUGGUUUUUCUUUAGUGUAUCGAGCACAGGGUCAUCGGGAGAUGAUGGUGGUGAUGAUGAUGGUGAAGAUGUGAUAAUUGAGGAUAGAGUUGGUGAUACGAGUGCCGACCCUGAGUAUGGUGCUCUUGCGCCAGUCAUGGUGCCGGAGGUGUUCCCCAGAGUACCGUUACUCUGUGUCCAUCGGAACCCAGUCUUCCCAAGAUUUGUCAAAAUGUUGGAGGUGUAUAUCAAAUGAUUUAUAAUUAAAUCUCACUAUUUCGUUUUGGGGACAGAACUUGCAAUGAUCACCAAAAAAAUAUUUAUAGUACUAUAAAUUACCUGUAAGAUAGAGUUGGCUUCCUCCCCCCAAAACCUGAAACCUUAUACACCCUACUAAGAAUUAUUUAUGAUUUUUUCUGUGUUGGUAUUUUUUUUAUUCAUUUUUUAUUUAUAUACUUCACUUUGUUACAUGCCAUACUGGCUGUCCACAUAAUAUACUUUAAUAAAAGAGUAACAUGAAGCUUAAUUUGUCUGCUAGAUAACUGACAAAGGUAUAAUGGAUUUGGUCAGAAGAAAAUGUAAAAUGAACCAACCUUACGCUGGAACGUUUCUUAAGAAAGAUGACAAGUAAGGCCGUUAUAUUUUGCUGUCAAAAAUAACACAUAACUUCGUUUAUUCUCGGUUCUAUUGUACAUUCACUCUCUAAAAAUGAUCGUUUGAUGGAAAACAAUGUCUGCUGGAUUGCAAGAACUCCCUUUUACAAAUGCCAGAACUCCCUUUUCAAAUGGCAGAAUUUGGUUUUCAAAUGCCAGAACUCCAUUUUCAAACGCCAGAACUCCGUUUUCAAAUGCCAGAACUCCGUUUUCAAAUGCCAGAACACCGUUUUCAAAUGCCAGAACUCCGUUUUCAAAUGCCAGAACUCCCUUUACAAAUGCCAGAACUCCAUUUUCAAAUGGCAGAACUUGGUUUUCAAAUGCCAGAACUCCGUUUUCAAAUGCCAGAACUUGGUUUUCAAAUGCCAGAACUUGGUUUUCAAAUGCCAGAACUUGGUUUUCAAAUGCCAGAACUUGAUUUUCAAAUGCCAGAACUUGAUUUUCAAAUGCCAGAACUCCUUUUUCAAAUGCCAGAACUUGGUUUUCAAAUGCCAGAACUCCCUUUUCAAAUGCCAGAACUUGGUUUUCAAAUGCCAGAAUUCCGUUUUCAAGUUACACACGUAAAAACGCAAAAGUUGUAACAAACCUACAUCAGACUUGUAGCAAUGUUGUUCCACAACUUGGCAACAGGAUGUGUUCGCACUGCUUGUUCCCAGCUUGUUGACAACUCGCUACAAGGUUGUUGAGCUCAACAGACUUGUUACAAGUUGUUCCAACAACUUGUUAUCGUCCUGGAAUUCAACAACUUGUCAACAAGUUGUGAGUGACAACUUUAUAGCAACUUGAUAAAAUAACAACAUUGUUACAACUUGUUGACAAGCUUGCUACAAGCCUGUUGCGAACACAUCUUGUUGACAAGUUGUAAUAUUUUUACAUGUAUAGUUAAAUGAGGUGUUUUUAACCUUGCAGCGACGAAGCGGAAGUGGUGAGAAGCCUAGACGAGAUUUACAAAGUCGGAACGUUUGUUCAGAUCACAGAGCUUCAUGACACAGGAGAUAGGAUGCGAAUGAUUAUACUUGGACACAGACGGUCAGUAUUACACGCUCGAGUCUGUAUGGAGCUUGAACAAGCAGGACGUCAACGCGACGACGACGUCGGCUAUUCACACAAUGAUACUCCUGGACUUGUAAAAAAGAAAUGAAUUAUUGCUUUAAUAAAGAAACGAAUUAUUACUUUUAAUAAUUCAUUUCUUUUUUACAAGACCAGGAGUAUCAUAGAGACUUUGUGUUAACGCUUUUUACAACGGCAAACCAGAAAUUUUCACGUCUCUUGUACAACGCAAAUAUUUCAACCCGCGACAAGUGGUACAACAAAUUUGCCCAGCAGAAAUGUUCUUAACCAUAAAACCUUUGUUUUAACCCUUCUUUUCAUGAGUGGACAAUACACAACGCCUUUUCUUCACAAUAAUUUAUUUAAAUUGCGUUGCCGUCGUACGUGGUUAAAGUGAGACUAACCCCAAGUAUGAUUUUUUGUAUGUGUAAUAUUUGGGUCUUGGAAGAAGAAAUGUAAUAUAUCUUUAUAAUAAAAAAUGCCAUCUUGAUCAACUUUUUCACUGUCAAAGUUUCCGGAUAUGAUGUCAUUAGGUGAAUUGCAAAUUAGUUUUCCUUUGUUUUUUGUACCACAAAUUCACCUAAUGACAUCAUAUCUGGAACUUUGACAGUGAAAAAGUUGAUCAAGAUGAGGUUUUUUACUAUAAAGAUAUCAAUUACGUUUCUUCUUAGAAUGACCCAAAUAUUACAAAUACCAAAAUUCAUACUAAAAUAAUGACGCCAUGUUUCACGUUUGUUAAUUCACAUUAUUACAAUUUCACAAAACGAGCUCAAAUAGUGAGGGAAAAAAAAUAUAUAUAAGAUAUUAAUAAAAAGAUAAUACAAUUAUGCUAAAGUAGAGGAAUAAUAAAUUAUGUUAAAGUGGAGCAAGAUAGAGAAGGUACCGCUGUUCACAUGAAUGCGGCCAGGCGCCCCGUUUUCAUCUCGCUCCGUUAGCAACCGUAUUCAAAUUGUUACGACAAAAGUUUUCAAAAAUAUAAAGACAUCAUCUGCACAAGUUAGCAGUUAGACAUUUACCGUACAUGGGCUUUUCAUAGGAUUACAAUAACGGACAUUAUUUCAGACGAAAAUGAGACGGCUGAGACUAUGGAAGCGAACGAACAAGAAAACGAUAAACAAUCAGAUGAUUCAACAACAGCAGAUGAAACACAACUUGCCAGUGAACAAACUGUGGAAAAAGAAGAGGCAGGAUCUCCUAACGAAAGUUCUCAAAUCAUUCAAAUGGUUCAAGUUGAGAACGUGCUUCACGCUCCGUUUAAACUAACACAAGAAGUGAAGGCUGUUGCCGCCGAGGUUAUCAAGACUAUACGAGAUAUUAUAGCUCUGAAUCAACUCUACAAAGAGUCUCUCGCUCAACUUAUUGAAGCGGGAAAGAAAGUUGUUGACAAUCCAACCCAUUUGGCUGACUUUGGUAAGAUUUUUUUGAAAGAAAAAGCAUUAAGAAGACCGAUUCCAAUUUGACACUUCCAAACACAACAGAUUUUAUCUGAGUUGGAUUUCUUCUGCAGUAACACUGUCCCAAUGAAGGUCUUUACUGGACCUCUAGGGUAAAAGAAUUAGAAACAGUUUAAUUAUAACUGAUAGAGCUAUCCAGUAUAAGUAAAGUUACAGUAGUUUAGUUUAGGUUUCCUCCUGUAGUAAUACUGGAUCAAUAAGUGAUGAUUCUUACUGGACCUCUAGGAAGAACAGUUUAGAACUGACAGAGCUAUCCAGUAUAAAUAAAGUUAGUUUAGCUCAGUAUAAAUCAAUCGUUUAUUCAAGGUGCUGCGUUAACAAGCGCUGAGUCAAACUUACUGCAAGAGAUUUUGGAAGAAACGGAAGUGCCAGUCAGAUUAAGAAAAACUUUGGAAUUAUUGAAGAAGGAAUACGCUAUGUGUAUGCUGCAGCAGAAAAUUGGCAAGGAGGUGGGCAGUAGCAUUUGCUUUUAAUCGAUCAACUUCAGAAAUAUUGAAACUUAUAUGUAGAACAAGAGAAUUAAACUAAACCUCUCAUUUAUAUUCACUUGCAUGAGAAGCACGAAAUACAAUUUAGACUACUACAUAUAAUGAAAAUAAUUCACAUUAUUUUCUCACUCUGAUAACUGCAGGUUGACCACCAUCUGCUAUACGGCAGUAGAAUAGGCCCCAUUUUAUUUCGGCCAGUAGAAUAGGCCCCAUUUUAUUUAUAAUACAGUAAAUGGUAACAUGGGCCCCCAGGACGAAAAAUUCGGUCUGAAGUCAUUCGGAGCGGGAUAAAUGUAAACACAAAUACAUUUCAGACCGGUCUCGGCUGUGCUCUUGGCGUCGCAACAAUGCGUGUUCACAAAAGCUGUAAAAAAAAAAGAAAAUGGCUGGCAAGGGGGAUGAAUUGGAAGAUUUGUGAUUCUCGUACCUGUGUCUGACUGAAAUUUUCGAUUUUCAGCCCGGUUCGACUUCGUCACUAUCCUAUGUAAACGCGGGGUCUUAGACUUAGUGAAACCCGCCAAAGUUUAUUUCGUUUUUUCUCUGUCAAGGUGGAAGAGCGAGUGAACAAAUUGCAGCGCAAAUACCUGCUGACCGAGCAACUCAAGGUGAUCAAAAGAGAACUGGGUCUAGAGAAGGACGACAAAGACGCCGUGGCUGAGAAAUUCCGAGAACGUUUGAAAGAUCGAGAAAUUCCUGAACAUGUCAAGGAAGUGAUUGAGGAAGAACUUAGUAAACUUGGCUUCCUUGAGGCUAAUGCUUCAGAGUUUAAGUACGUAUGCAAAACUAACUUCAUUUGUUCUGGAUAGCUCUAUCAGUUCUAAACUGUUCUCCCCAGAGGUCCAGUAAGGAUCAUCUCUCAUAUUGGUUUAGUAUUACUACAGGAGGAAACCUAAACUAAAUUAACUUUAUGUAUACUGGAUAGCUCUAUCAGUUCUGAACUGUUCUUUCUAGAGAUUCAGUAAGGAUCAUCUCGUAUUGAUCCAGUGUUACUACAGGAGGAAAUCUAAACUAAACUAACUUUAUAUAUACUGGAUAGCUCUAUCAGUUCUAAACUGUUCUCCCCAGAGGUCCAGUAAGGAUCAUCUUUCAUAUUGGUCUAGUAUUACUACAGGAGGAAACCUAAACUAAAUUAACUUUAUUUAUACUGGAUAACUCUAUCAGUUCCAAACUGUUCUUCCUAGAGGUCCAGUAAGGAUCAUCUCUUAUUGAUCCAGUGUUACUACAGGAGGAAACCUAAACUAACUUUGGUCACAGAGGUGGGAGACACACAAGAAAAAAUAUUGAAAAUGCCUUGAUGUUAUUUUAUCCAGCGUUUCCCGGAAUUAUCUUGACUGGUUGACAAGCCUCCCUUGGGGAGUAUUUAGUGAAGAGAAUUGUGACCUAAAGAGAGCAAAGGAAAUUUUAGAUGAAGAUCAUUAUGGCCUGACAGAUAUCAAGGAGAGAAUAUUGGUAAUGAUUAAUUAGUGAUCGAUUGGUUGAUUGUUUAUUGAUUGGUUGAUAACUUGUUUAAUGUCGCUGACUUGUGCCAAGGUUGUUAUACAGUACUUAAAACAAACUUAACUCGUUGUUAAGGAGCAGCACGCUACUGAUUCAACCAACUUUUAGACCAAGUCAUUUCAAAGAAAAUAUUUAUCAACAUAUUUCAGGAAUUUAUUGCUGUAAGUCAAUUGAAUGGCUCUGUUCAAGGCAAAAUAUUGUGCUUUACUGGACC